UCUCUCCUUGGUCUUCAAAAGGCACAGUUGGAGGCAGAAGGCCAUACUGCUGUACAGCCAUCUGAGUUCUUCCUGGGUGAGGAUAGUUCUUCAUCGCUACUCAUCAUCCUCAGGAAUGAAGACAUUGCAGAGCACAUUUGUGAGGUCCCACAUUUGCUCAACCUGAAGAAGUCGCCAGGUGUGCAGUUUGCUGGAAUUGACGAACCAGAUGAUGUUGUGAAUCUUACCCAUCAGGAGCUCUUCACCAGGGGUGGUUUUAUAAUGAUCGACAGAGCAGCACUGGAGUCCCUCAGCCUUUGCAACAUGAAAAAAUUGUCAGAAAUCUUGCAAGAGCUAAGCAGAACGGGGAAGUGGAAAUGGAUGUUGCACUACAGAGACAGCCGUCGGCUGAAAGAGAAUGCAAGGUUGAGUGCAGAGGCAAAAGAGAAGAAGCACUUCCUAAACUGGUGCCAAGAAGCUGGAAUAGUGGAGGUGCUGCCUUACCAUGAGUGUGACCUCACGUCAAGAGAUCAGCCUGACUAUCUCACAUGUUUGGUCCAUUUGCAGGUCCAGAAUAUAUCAGCCCGUUACCCUGUUUUUAUUACAGAUACAACAACAGACAGCACAUUUGGAAAGAAUGGAAUUUUAACAAUGACUGCAAACUCUUUCCUGACAUGUUCUCCAAGCAAAACAUUUACAGUCUGACCUGGAAAUAUUAAGAUGGACAAAAUUCAUUUGUGCUUAUUUAAGGUACCCAGCAGUCAGAAACUCACUGAAUACACGGAGAAACCAGUAAUUAACCAGUAAUGGUGAUUUCAAACAUACUAUAUAUUAUUGUUUAGGUUCAGCUCUUUUGUAUGCAGUAAUCUUAAUAUUUUUCUUUUUUUAUUCAGUUAAUGAAUAUAGGGACAAAAAUUCCAAUAUACUGGCAGGUGAAUUGUAUAUACUGUAUUUGUAUUGUAAAUUGUAAACAUAAAGAUCAUUUUUUGUCACAUUUUGUAUAUUUUGUCUUUUCCCUGACAAUCCUGACUUUAUACAGUUGUAGCACAAGCAUUAGUAGUGUUUGUUUAAUUAUUACUUUUUGUGUUCAAAGUUUUGGUCUCUUUUUAGAUAAAAAUAAUACUUUUUCCAAGCCUUGCAACAAAGCUAAAUUAGGCUGUUCAAAGUGGUGUGUUUUUGACAUUUAUGUAUACUACUGUACACUGUUAUGUUAGACAGUGAUUCUUAACUCAUGAGUGUUAAAUUGUUUGAACAACAAGUUAACAUCAUCACUAAGUUCUAAACAUGUUAAGUUAUCAUUGCAUUCACAAUGUUCAGUGCAAUGACUGAAAAUAAAUAGUUUUUCUAUAUUAACAAUCGU